CGGCAGGCCGCAUUCCACGUCGCCAAUAUGGCGUCCCCCGCGUAGCCUAUGGUGGUGGUUUCUGCUCCAGGUGGCAGCGGCAGUACUGAGCCGGGGCUACUGUGCAUUCAGCCCGGGUUUCAAACAGCAGCAGUUAAAGUUCGUUUUGGGUUACGGUUCAGGAAGGCACCGUCCUUUGAGGGACAAGAACCGCCGCUUCCAUUUAGUUCCUGCAAGUUCCUUCUUGGCCCCUGGUUUCUUUCCCGAGCCACCUCGGAUAACCCAGGUCCCCGACACUCAAGCUCAGACUAUGAGUCUUCAGCAGCCGCUGUUGCGCUUGUCCCGUUAUCUCGGGGUCUUGGGUCCCCUACGUCGCCCGUGGUGGUUCCCAUCCCUCAACACCAUCUCUGCUCUGGGGUCCUGGCGUGGUCACUCCUCCAGGUCCCCGACCCACUGGAACCAAGUGCUGUCAGAGGCGGAGAAGAUUGUGGGCUAUCCCACAUCCUUUAUGAGCCUCCGCUGCCUGCUGAGCGACGAGCUCAGCAACAUCGCUAUGCAGGUGCGGAAGCUGGUGGGGACUCAGCACCCUCUACUUACCACUGCCAGGGGGUUUGUACAUGACAGCCGGCAUAACCUGCAGCUGAGGGGCUUGGUGGUGCUGCUUAUCUCCAAAGCAGCUGGGCCCAGCAGCAUGGACACUUCAUGUCAGAACUAUGAUGCGGUCAGUGGGAUCUACUCAUGUCAAAGAAGUUUGGCAGAGAUCACAGAACUUAUCCAUACCGCUCUCCUUGUGCAUCGUGGGAUAGUAAAUUUAAGCGAAUUGAAGUCUUCUGAUGGACCACUGAAGGACAUGCAGUUUGGAAAUAAAAUAGCUAUCCUGAGCGGAGACUUUCUUCUAGCAAAUGCCUGCAAUGGCCUAGCUCUGCUACAGAACACCAAGGUCGUAGAACUUAUAGCAAGUGCUCUUAUGGACUUGGUACAAGGCGUAUACCAUGAAAAUUCUACUUCAGCCAAGGAAAAUGACAUCACAGACAAUAUUGGAAUAUCAACUUGGAAGGAGCAGACGUUCCUCUCCCAUGGUGCCUUACUAGCAAAGAGCUGCCAGGCUGCGAUGGAAUUAGCAAAGCACAAUGCUGAGAUUCAGAGUACAGCAUUUCGGUACGGAAAGCACGUGGCCAUGAGUCAUAAGAUUCAUUCUGACCUCCAACCUUUUGUAAAAGAAAAGGCCAGUGACACCGUGGCUUUUAAUCUAAACUCAGCACCUGUGGUUUUACAUCAGGAGUUUCUUGGAAGAGAUUUGUGGAUGAAGCAGAUCAGAGAGGCUCAAGAAAAAGGAAGAUUAGACUAUGCCAAGGGCCUCUCCUCUAGGUAGCAGCACAUGAAUCAGAGGAUUGAAUUUCCAGCCUGUGGACUUCUGGGGGACAAAGAGAAGCCAUAGCAUUUGGGAAGCAGCGUGCAAAGCAGACAUCACCUGUGGAGCUUUUGAAAACUCCCCUGCCUAGGUGUCACUGCAUCGUUCCCUCUUUCACAAGGUCAAAAUCCCCUGGUGGGGGGACCAGGGCCUGGCAGACUAGAGUGUUGUGGAAAAUCUCCCCCCAGAUAAUUCUGACCAGCGGUUGUGGUUGAAAACUGCUGCCGGAUUUCACAUUCCAGGGCAUCAGUGUGGGCUGUGAACUUGGUUCCAUCUUCCCCUUGGGGACACAAGGACAUUUAGCAGAUGUGUAGCAUGCACACCCUUGCUUGGCUAAAGGAGCACGCUAUCUGAUUGAUGCAGUAGCCGAGAGUAUGAGGGUUAGCACACCUGCACUCCAAAGACAGGGAGGAGAGGCCAGGGAUGUAGCCUAGUGGCGCCACACCUGCCUGGCAAGUGCAAGGUCCUGAGUUCAAUUCCUGGUUCCAAAGGAAAAAAAAAAAAAGACAGGAAGGAGUAGGCUCUGCUUGCCAUGGAGCAACCCAAGCUCACAAGUCCUCACCAGAACCUCGCAGCCCAGAGCCACACAGCCAUGCUCCAUACCUUUACUCUUCCUUGCCCAGAGUCCACCCUCCUUUCAUCUGCACCACAAGCCUUUGCCUCCUUCAAGGAAAAGUAGAUAACCGUUUCCAUAUCGGUCACUCUUAGAUGACAUGUCUGUCUUAGCUUCCGUGUCUGUCAUGUCGUAGAUAUUGCUUGAGCCUUACUGUGUACCCGAACAUGGGCUGUGCACACAUCCUCUUGGCCUUCUGCAGGUGUGCAGGCUCAGCGCAUUGAAACUGAGCUCGGAGCCUCCCUUGGCAGCUCUUGCCUUUUUGUUGUUGUUGUCAUCAUUUCAUGACUUGAUUUCUUAGAGCAGUUUUGGGUUCACAGCAAAACUGAGCUGAGCAAGAAGUAUAGAGUUCCCAUAUACCCUGACACCACACACAGCCUCCCUACUAACCAGAUCCCACAUCACAGCAGCACAUGUGUUACCCCCGAUGAGCCCACGUUGCCACUACCCUGAGCCCCUUGUUUUAUGGGGGGGUCUCCCCUGUGUUCGCCUCUGGUCCUUUUUAUUCUCUCUCACAUUGUUGGCACUGUCCUCCUAGCAGUCAACCCAGUGAGAAACUGCUCCUGCUCCCUAACCCCUAGGGGGACCCUCAUCUCCUGCCCUGGCAUCACAUAAUAUAAGACACAGCAUUUCUGUUCCCUCUGUCUCCACUCAGGCUGUCUGCUCUUUCUGGAAGACCCUUAGACUUUUAUUUGCAACCCCUGCUCACUUUGUAACGCUUAAUUUAAGGUCAAACCUCCUGUAGGGACCCCUCUGUGGUUCCCCAGGCUGGAUUAGGAGUUUUCCUCAUUU